ACCAUCACAACUUUCUCGUUUUCCUUCUCAGACAUAAAACCACAGUCUUCUCUUUCCUUUAAACGCUGCCGUUUCAUGGCGCCGAGAACUGAGAAAUCCGCCGCCGUUUCGGCGAAGGGGAAUAACAACGUCAAGGAGGUGCAUUUCCGGGGAGUGAGGAAGAGGCCGUGGGGGAGAUACGCCGCCGAGAUCCGGGACCCGGGGAAGAAGAGCCGGGUCUGGCUAGGGACUUUCGACACGGCGGAGGAGGCGGCGAGAGCCUACGACGCCGCCGCCCGGGAGUUCCGCGGCGCCAAGGCCAAGACUAAUUUUCCGAUCCCGUCGGAGAAUGUGAAUCUCAGCCUCUUCAAGAAAAAGGUUAAUGUUAACAACGGCGGGAAUAGCAACAGCCGCAGCCCGAGCCAGAGCAGCACGGUGGAGUCGUCCAGCCGGGAGCCGGCUCUGAUGGUUGAGUCCUCGCCGUUGGAUCUGAACCUCGGUCACGGCGUCGCCGGAUUCGGAGCUCCGAUGAGGUUCCCCUUCCAGCACCCCCAUCACCAGAUUCCGCCGGUCGGAGCCGUCAUCGGCGUUCCGACUGCGGCGGCGAAUCACGUGCUUUACUUCGACUCGGUGUUCCGGGCAGGGAUGGUGAAGAAUCACCAGCAGUACCAGCAACAGCUGAGAUUCGACCGGAAUCUUAUGCACCGUGAUUUUCUCUCCGGCGGUGGCUUCACCGGCGGUUCACAGAGUGACUCGGACUCGUCCACGGUGGUUGAUCUGAACCAGCACGAUCUGCCUCGCGCCGGAGGAGGAUUCGACCUCGACCUUAACCUGCCGCCUCCGGUGGAACUCGCCUGAUUUUUGGUUUUAGGGAAGAAAAAAAAAAAGCAGCGGCGAUCGCCUGAGGAAGAAGAUGAUAUUAGGAAACCUUUUUCUUUUUUCUUUUUAAAUUUCCGGUUUUUUAUUUUCCAAUUCCGAAAAUAGAAAAACAAAAAUACGUUGAGAGCGCCCCUAAUUAAGAAACAAAAGCUCCAUGUGAAUACGUAGCUGAACCCCUUUUUUGCAGCAGAUUUGAAUCUUUUUGCUGUUCUAAAUCAAAGACCUCUUUUUCGUUAUUAAUCUUCGUUUCAGUUGUAAUCUCUCUCAUUUCGGAAAUAAUUUUUUCCGUUCUCGGAAGUACUCCGUUAUUAUAAUCUUUGAGCACAUUCAAUCUC